AUGGGUGUGGUGAAGUCGUGGUUGUUAUCGAUGAACCACACUCACCCUAACACCAAACACGUCUUCUGUUCGAGAUCCAUCCCCUGGUCCCUCAUUUGCGGCUUCAUGCUCUUCGGUUUGGGUUUAAUUUCCCUUUUAACAGGUCACCUUGUUUCUCACGUUGAAUGGUACUCUCAACGAUUCGUUCACCGCUCUUUCUUUUCUUCACAGGAUGGUCAUGCGCCAAUUGAUAUUUGGGAAUCACAAUAUUCUAAAUACUACUAUGGAUGCAAAGAAAGGGGACGCAAUUUUUCGCCUGCGAUACAUGAGCGCAUGUCAAAUGGCUACUUGCUUAUUGCAGCAAGCGGAGGACUGAACCAACAAAGAACUGGGAUAACUGACGCUGUUGUUGUUGCACGAAUUCUUAAUGCUACGCUUGUUGUACCUCAAUUAGAUCAUAAUUCUUUUUGGAAAGAUGACAGUGACUUUGCCAAUAUUUUCGAUGUUAAUUGGUUCAUUACUUAUCUUGCAAAAGAUGUUACUAUUGUUAAAAGAGUUCCUGAUAAGAUCAUGCGAUCAAUGGAGAAACCCCCAUAUACAAUGCGUGUCCCUAGGAAAUCAGAACCUGAAUAUUAUCUUGAUCAAGCUUUGCCAAUACUCUUGAGACGACGGGUUCUUCAAUUGACAAAGUUUGACUAUAGACUUGCCAAUGACCUCGAUGAUGAACUACAAAAACUACGUUGCCGUGUUAAUUAUCAUGCUUUGAGAUUUACAAAACCUAUACGGAAACUUGGUCAAAAAAUUGUAAUGAGAAUGCAAAAGACGGCAAGCCGUUACAUAGCAGUUCAUUUAAGGUUUGAGCCAGAUAUGCUGGCAUUUUCAGGUUGUUAUUUUGGUGGGGGUGAAAAAGAAAAACAAGAGCUUGGUGAAAUCAGAAAAAGAUGGACAACACUGCCUGAUUUGAGCCCUGAUGAAGAGCGAAAGCGUGGGAAAUGUCCUCUUACUCCUCACGAAGUGGGUUUGAUGCUGCGAGCACUUGGUUUUACAAAUGACACAUACUUAUAUGUUGCAUCUGGGGAAAUAUAUGGCGGGGAUGAAACCAUGCAGCCUCUUAAAGAACUUUUCCCCAACAUCUAUACAAAGGAGAUGCUUGUUGAAGAAGAGCUGAAACCUUUUCUUUCAUUUUCUUCCCGCCUUGCUGCUAUUGAUUAUAUUGUUUGUGAAGAAAGUAAUGUAUUUGUUGCUAACAACAAUGGUAACAUGGCCAAGAUUCUUGCUGGUCAAAGGCGAUACAUGGGUCACAAAAGAACCAUUAGACCAAAUGCAAAGAAGCUUAGCGCAUUGCUCAUGUCAAGGCAUGAGAUGGACUGGGAUACAUUUUCCGGAAAGAUGAAGGCAUGUCAGAGAGGAUUCAUGGGAGAGCCAGACGAGAUGAAACCUGGGCGAGAGUUUCACGAAUAUCCAAGCGCUUGUGUCUGUGAGAAACCGUUUAUAGAUAAAUUGAGUGAAGAUGGAAUUCACCCGCCUAAACUCGCGUUAAGAAAUAUGACAGAGGGAGCUGACUCUGAAACGAAUAGUGGAAAUGAAGAAAAUUUUGAGCUACCAAAGCCAAGUGAGAGAACAUGA